AUAAAAUCUGGAAUGAGUGGAGUAUAUUAAAAGUGGGGUUUAAAUACUAAAAUGAACUUUGAACCCAAAUGAUAGAAAUUCUGCCUUAUCAUUAUCGUUAUUUUUGAAGCACAAUCAUUUAAGUCAAGCUUGAGACGUCGAGCAGAAAGUUUGUUUUUUUAUCGAUUGCCAGCAAGCUUUUCAGUGAAUAUUUUUCAUUCAAACGUCAAGAAUGCCGGAAGAAUUACGUUACGACGGCCGAGUGGUUAUGAUAACUGGAGCAGGCGCAGGAUUGGGACGAGCUUAUGCAUUAUUGUUUGCAUCCAGAGGUGCUAGUGUAGUCGUAAAUGAUUUAGGUAGCAGCAGACAUGGAGAUGGAAGUAGCACCAUGAGUGCGGAUGCUGUAGUCCAAGAGAUUCGGCAAAAUGGAGGGAAAGCUGUCGCGAAUUACGAUUCUGUGGUGAAUGGUGCGAAAAUCAUUAAGACAGCAAUCGAGGCAUUUGGUCGUAUUGACGUAGUUAUUAAUAAUGCCGGUAUUCUGAGGGAUACAUCAUUCAUGAAGAUGACGGAUGCAGAAUGGGAUGCGAUACAUGAUGUUCAUCUUAAAGGUUCUAUGAAAACGACGCAAGCAGCGUGGCCGUAUUUUGUCAAGCAAAAAUAUGGCCGUGUAAUUUUUACAUCGAGCAACAGCGGUUUGUACGGGAACUUUGGACAAUCCAAUUACAGCUCGGCGAAAUUGGGUAUCGUAGGAUUAGCCAAUACUUUGGCUAUCGAAGGUGCAAAAAAGAAUAUUUACAGCAAUGUAAUAGUGCCCACAGCUGGCUCGCGUUUAACGGAAGACAUUCUCCCACCAGAUAUUCAUGAGCAAUUGAAGCCUGAAUUGAUAGCACCCAUUGUUUUUUGGUUGUGUCACGAAAAUUGUAUAGAAAACGGUUCGAUAAUUGAAGCAGCAUUAGGUUGGGCUGGCAAAUGUCAUUUAGUCCGUGCUUCGGGUUGCGUUUUGCGGCAAAAUUUAUCGGCUAACGUUACACCAGAAAAUGUACAAGAAAAUUGGUCAAAAGUAAUCGACAUGACAUCGGCAAAACGACUUGAUUCAAUCCAGGAAGCAACAGGAGAAUUAUUAGGCAUUAUUGAGAACUUGAAAAAUGAAACUUCUUCUCCAAAUAAAGUAGAUCAUGUCUUGACGAAUAAUUACAACCACCGUGAUGUUAUAUUAUAUGCGCUUGGAGUCGGAGCUACAGUUCAGGAACCAAGCGAUGUUCGUUAUUUGUAUGAGAAUGCUGACGAGUUCGCUGUUUUGCCUAUUUUUUAUGUUGUGUAUGGACCUAUAGGAUGCAUGUCCACUUCUAUCCUGCAGGAUGCUCUGCCAAAUAUACAAAUUGAUCCAUCACGGAUACUUCAUGGUGAACAAUAUCUAGAAGUUUGUAAACAGUUGCCUACAGAAGCUACGGUAGAGACACACUUCAAGGUUCAGGAUGUCUUGGAUAAAGGAAAAGGUGUUGUUGUUUUAGUUCAACAUGAUACCUACAAUGUAGCAAAUGGAGAGAAGCUGUCAACUGGGCAGAUAUCGAUAUUCAUUGUCGGUGCAGGUGGUUUUCAAGGAAAACGAACAUCGACCUAUAUCAUUCCGACCGUUGAUCCUCCUGCUCGAAAACCGGAUAUAACAGUUACACAGAAGACUAAUAUUGAUCAGGCUGCUUUAUAUAGAUUGAGCGGAGAUCUCAAUCCUCUUCAUAUCGAUGCUAAUGUAGCCGCGAUGGCAGGUUUCGAGAGACCGAUAUUGCACGGAUUGUGUUCGCUAGGAUUCUCAACUCGUCAUGUUCUACAAGCUUAUGCUGCCGGGGAUCCAGCCUUAUUUAAAUCUAUUAAGGUAAGAUUUGCAAAGCCAGUUAUGCCAGGUCAGACUUUACGCACUGAUAUGUGGCGUAAUGGUAACAGGAUACAUUUCCAAACAUCUCUCAUGGAGACUGGCGUACCAGUUAUAACAGGUGCUUACAUUGACCUAUUGGACAUUAAAAUGCAAAUUCCCCGAGCAAAUGCAUGUUCUGGAAAGGAAAAUAUACAAAGUGACGCUAUAUUUGCAGCUAUUGGUGAACAGGUGAAAUUAAAUCCAGAUCAAGCUAAAAAAGUUAAUGCGAUCUUUCUGUAUAAUAUUACUAUUGAUGGGAAACCAAUAUCCGAAUGGACUCUUGAUUUAAAGAAUGGAGAAGUGCAUAAAGGAAAACCUAAAUCUGGAAAAGCAGACGCAACGCUUACUGUUGAAGAUAAAGAUAUGGUUAAAAUUGCACUAGGUAAAUUAAAUCCACAAGUAGCAUUUAUGCGCGGAAAAUUAAAAAUAACUGGAAACAUUCUGCUUACACAAAAAUUGAAGACUCUUAUGGAAACCAACAAAGCAAAGUUAUAAUCUUUUAUAUUAUCGUUGUAGUUUUAAACAAAAACAUGUGGCUGGAGGUAUUUUUCAUGGGGUAGGCAGAUAUAAUUAAUAGUAUAUAUUAUGUUUAUAUAUAUUGUUAUUGUUUGUUAUAAUGGAAAUUUUUAUAAAGAAUUUGUUGCAUUCUGGGAAAA